GUUGAUGAGCUGCAGCUAAUCCGCGUGCAUUUCCCUGUAAACAGGUCCGUGCAUGAGAAAGGGCCCCGCGGCCCCUCCUCCAGCCAGCCGGCCAGCCGGCGCGAGCGCACGGUCACGGGGCCACGGAGCCAAAAACGCUCAGACUCACUUCUGCGGCUCCUCUCGCUGCGUUUCCAUCUCCACCGAACCCGCAGACGAUCCUUUGUGACCCAAGCAGAGGUGAAAAAAACACGCACGCAGGUAUUCCUGCGCGCCCCGGGUCCUGCUUGAAGGCGAGGAGCGCGUAACCAUAACAACUGCGCUCUGAUUGGCUCGCCUGGCACGGGAAUUAACGAGGCCGUCCUCCAAUCUGCGCUCUGGACGCGCGUGGCGCUGGCAGAACCGCGUGAUAACCCACGCAGGCACAGUGAUGUGAAAGUGGCAACGUGAGGGGAACGUUCCCGGAGCGAGGGGGGGAUUACUCCAGAGUGACCGGCGAUGGUGUUUCCGGCGCGGCUCUGAGGAGGACAGUCUCCGCCGCUCUCCGCCGGGUUGUGGAUUGUGUGAGCGCCCGGUGCCGGGACCCCGCGCCGCAGCUCCCGGUGGAUUGUCACGGGUUUCCGCCUGCACAGCAACGACCUCCCGGAGCCAAGACGUUGUUCCGCGCAGAGCCGGGCCGCCCCAGUCCGCGCAACGCAGUCCGAGUGGGAAGGUCGGCUCUCGGCGCCCUGAAGGCCGGAAACAUGAUGGUCCUGUGCGCCGGCUGCGAGCGGCCCAUCCUGGACCGGUUCCUGCUCAACGUGCUGGACCGAGCCUGGCACGCCAAGUGCGUGCAGUGCUGCGACUGCAGCUGCAACCUGACGGAGAAGUGCUUUUCCCGGGACGGGAAGCUCUAUUGCAAAAUGGACUUUUUCAGGCGGUUUGGCACCAAAUGCGCGGGCUGUCUUCAGGGAAUCUCCCCCAACGACCUGGUGCGUAAAGCGCGCAGCAAGGUGUUCCACCUGAACUGCUUCACCUGCAUGGUGUGCAACAAGCAGCUGUCCACGGGCGAGGAGCUCUACGUGAUCGACGAGAACAAGUUUGUGUGCAAAGAAGACUACCUGAGCUCCGGGAGCAUCAAAGAAGUCAGCCUGAACUCAGUGUCCUCGUGCACGGACAGGAGUUUAUCCCCGGAUCUGCCGGACCCGACUCAGGACGACAUCAAGGAGACGGACAAUUCCACGUCCUCGGACAAAGAAACGAACAAUAUCGAGAACGAGGAGCAGAACUCGGGGGCAAAGAGGCGGGGGCCUCGGACCACCAUCAAGGCCAAGCAGCUGGAAACGUUAAAGGCGGCGUUCGUGGCCACGCCGAAGCCCACGCGGCACAUCCGGGAGCAGCUGGCGCAGGAGACGGGGCUGAACAUGCGCGUCAUCCAGGUCUGGUUCCAGAACAGAAGGUCCAAAGAACGGCGAAUGAAGCAGCUGAGCGCUCUGGGGGCCCGGCGCCACGCUUUCUUCAGGGGUCCCAGGAGGAUGCGACCUCUGGGGGGCCGCCUCGAAGACCCUGACAUUUUAGGACCCGGAGCUUACGGUUACUACGGAGAAUACCAAGGUGACUACUACGGACCUGGGAUCAACUACGACUUCUUCCCCCAUGGCCCCCCGUCCUCGCAGGCACAGUCCCCGGCAGAGUCCCCCUACAUUCUGGGCUCAGGGCCUGGAGCCAUGGAGGGAUCGGGACACCACCCAUCAGACGACCAAAGGUUCACGGACAUGAUCUCUCAUGCAGAAACUCCCAGCCCCGACCCGAGCUUACCCAGUUCCCUCCAGCCGGUGCCGGGGGAGGCGUACGGGGGCGGGCCCAGCCCCCCCUUCUCCCUGGCCAGUAAUUCUAGCUACAGCGCUCCGAUGUCCCAUCAGGGUCAAGAGAUGGGAGAAACAGCGGCGUGGUAAACGGACCAAACGCAGGGACAGUCCAGGGCUGAGCAGGCCCGGUUCAUUCAGGGGACAGCACUGUUAGAGGGGGGAGCUCAAAUUUCUACAGAUCGUUUUGUUUUGGGUUUUUUUCAUAAACUGAUGGAGUCAAAAAUGACACCGCCCUCCUGGAUUACCAGACUUGAAAUGUCUAAAAAAAAAUAAAGUCAACAGUGCUUCUCUGCUUCUC